CAUAUAAUGGAAGCUAAGAAUCAAACCGUGGUGACUGAAUUUGUUUUCGUCGGAUUUACAGAACAUCUCCAGCAACAGGUUCUCCUCUUUCUCAUGUUUCUGUUUUUCUAUCUCAUCACUGUCUUUGGGAACUUGGGUAUGAUCGUCUUGAUAUGGAUAGACUCCCAGCUUCACACCCCCAUGUACUUUUUUCUCCGCCACUUGUCCUUUGUAGAUAUUUGCUCUUCGUCUACUAUUGCCCCCAAAAUGUUGGCCGACUUCUUUGUAGAGAAGAAAACCAUUUCUUUCCUAGGCUGUUCGGCACAGAUGUGGUUCUUUGGACUCUUUGUGACCACCGAGUGUUUCCUUUUAGCUGCAAUGGCAUAUGAUCGGUAUAUAGCAAUCUGCAACCCAUUACUCUAUACCGUUGUCAUGUCUCAGAGUGUCUGCAUCCAUCUGGUAGUUGGGCCUUACAUCAUGGGCCUUCUAAACUCUAUGACUCAUACUGUCUUAACUUUCCAAUUGCCCUUUUGUGGCCAGAAUGUCAUCAAUCAUUUCUUCUGUGAUAUAUCACCUUUGCACUCUCUUGCAUGUACUGACACCCACCUCAAUGAGUUAGUCCUUCUCAUCAUGGCUGGAGGUGUGGGAGUCUUCAGUGGUCUGACUAUUCUAAUUUCCUACAUAUAUAUCCUUUUGGCCAUCCUCAGGAUCCGCUCUGCUGAAGGAAGGUCCAAGGCCUUUUCCACCUGCUCCUCACACCUGACUGCUGUCAGCAUCUUGUAUGGGACCCUUUUCUUUAUUUAUGUAAGACCCAGUGCCAGCUUCUCCCUGGACCUUAAUAAGGUUGUAUCUGUGUUCUACACAGCAGUGAUUCCCAUGUUGAAUCCCCUCAUCUAUAGCUUGAGAAACAAGGAGGUGAAAAAUGCAUUCAGAAGGACGUUAGAAAGGAAAAAAAAUUCUUUGGGUAAAUAAA